CUUUCACGCAGCUGCGACCUCAAAGGUUUCCUCUAUGGUUGGCUUGGGAAGAAUAAAAUCGGUGCACCACAAUAUUCAAUCAGCACUAUAACACGUGGAGGCACUCAGAGGUUCAAAUGCGAGUUACGCGUGCCAGGCCAUAGCUAUGUUGGUCUGGGUAACUCACUCAAUAAGAAGGAUGCUGGUACGAAUGCUGCCAUGGACUUCUGCAAUUACCUUGUUCGUCAAGGCUUGCUCAAAGCGUCGGAAGUACCGGCUCUAGAGGUAAACUCUUGUGAAUCUGCCAAUGGUACUAAAUGGGAUGGUGCUUCACAGUCAGCUCACGAUAAGUAUGUCACGCAAAAAGCGGAAGAGAUUGCUCAGUCUGAGUCUAUCGAUCUGAAGGCAGAAAUUCAUGGUGGUUGGACCAUGGAAAAUAGUAAGAAAGCCUUGAACGAAUUCCUGCAAAAAACUCGUCAACCACCUAUCGCAUACAAUACCCAAUUGAAGGAAGCCAAUAAUUGCAGAACUUAUGUUGCUGAGGCGACAAUCUACGUGGCGCAGCUUCGAAAACCGUUGUCCGGUCGCGGUCAAGGAUCCUCGAAAAAGGUUGCGGAGAGCGGAUGUUCUAUGGGGAUAGUUCGACAGUUGUUCCAUCUUGGAAUUUUGGCAGAGUUCAAGGGCGAACGCAAGAAGACCGCGGCAUCAACGCUUCCUGAAAUUCCAAUUACGAUUCCAGCUGAGUUAGCUGAACGAGUGAAAAAUUAUGUAACAAAUUCGGGAGUGGAACCGAUUACCAUCGAUUCAAACGAGAAUGUCACGGCAGAGGCCCCCAAGUCUCUACUUACAAAUUGCAAACUAGAUCAGUUUCCUGAUUCAGAGGUAAUGCCUCCAGGGAACAUUUCCUGGGCACCUCCUAUGCAAAAUUGGAAUCCUUGGCGAGCAAGCAAUAUAGACGAGCCGCCAUUAGCUUUUAUGUCACUUUCCGAGAUUAGUUCAAAACUAAAGCAAAUGGAGGAAUCCAAACAACUGAGGCCAAGUAUGACAGCCUCUAGAGAGAGCUUACCGGUGUUACAAUUUAAAGAGGAUAUUUUGCGUACCGUAGCAGAAAAUAGGGUCACGCUAAUAAAAGGAGAAACUGGAUGUGGAAAAAGCACGCAGGUAGUACAGUACCUACAAGAAUCUUUUAUUCUUCGCAAUCGUGGUGCUGAGUUCAACGCAUUUGUUUCGCAACCUAGAAGAAUAUCUGCUAUUUCGUUGGCAGAGCGAGUGGCUGCGGAGAGAGGCGAGGAACUAGGAGAUUCCGUUGGCUAUGCUGUCAGGUUUGAUGGCGUUUCCCCUCGUCCUUAUGGUGCUGUGCUGUUCUGUACCGUGGGAGUGCUUCUUAGAAAGAUGGAAAGUGGUUUACGUGGUAUAUCUCAUAUAAUUAUCGACGAGAUCCACGAGCGUGAUGUGAAUACUGACUUCAUUCUAAUUGUUUUGCGAGAGAUGCUGCGCGAGUAUGCUGAUCUUCGCGUAGUUCUGAUGUCAGCGACAAUCGAUACUAAAAUGUUCAUCGAUUUCUUCGGUGGUUGUCCCAUUAUUGAGAUGGAGGGAAGAACGUUCCCUGUGAAACACUUUUUCCUCGAAGAUGUCAUAACAAUGUUAAAAUAUAUGCCACCAGCACCGGAAAAGAAGAGAAAAGAGGAUGCAGACGUUGAAGUUGAUGAGAAGGUAAGUAUGUUGAAUGCGUUAUCACGGAUAAAAAUAAAACAUUUACUUUCUGAAGAACUUUUGGCUAACGCUUUUCAGGCCAUUCUGAAUGAUAUCGCUCAACGUGGAGAAUCAGGAUCAGUGUUGAUUUUUUUGCCUGGAUGGAACGAAAUCAUGCUCGUCAUGAAUUUUCUCAAUGCUCAUUCCGAAUUUUCGAAUAAAUCAAAGUAUGUGAUUUUGCCACUCCACUCACAGUUGACUGGCGCAGAGCAGCGGAAGGUUUUCGAUCAUUACGGAGACAGCAUGAGAAAGAUUAUACUGGCGACGAACAUCGCUGAAACAAGCAUAACCAUUGAUGAUGUUGUCUUUGUUAUCGACUCAUGCAAAGCUAAAGAGCGCAUGUACACAUCUAAUAAUAAUAUGGUCCAUUUUGCGACUGUGUGGGCAUCGCGCACCAAUUUGGCGCAACGGCGUGGUCGUGCUGGUCGUGUACGUCCCGGCUUUGCUUUUCACUUGUGCAGCAAAGCACGUUUCGAGGCGUUAGAGGAGCACCGUACUGCUGAAAUUCUGCGUACUCCUUUACAUGAAAUUGCUUUGACCAUCAAGCUGCUUCGUCUUGGAAGUGUUGGCGACUUCCUCGCUAAGGCUAUUGAACCGCCACCAUACGAUAUGGUCGUAGAAAGCGAGGCUGUGCUCCAAAUUAAGUAUAUGGGAGCUUUGGAUCGUCAUUUGGAACUCACGGAUCUUGGACGGAUUCUCGCACGUCUCCCCAUCGAACCACUAUUGGGUAAAACGAUAGUUAUGGGUGUAGCGUUUGGGGUUGGCACACUUAUGUGUGAUAUCGCAGCAUCAUCUUCGUUUUCAUCGCCAUUUGUACCUCGUGAAAGAAAUCACACCAGAUUGAACUCUGCACAACGUUCAUUCGCUGGUGAUCGCUGGUCGGAUCACUAUGCUUUGAUUGCUGUCAAUCACGCCUUCCAGCACGCUUCGGAAAUGGGAGCGCAAGCGGAAACUUCACUUUGUAACCGUGUCUCUCUGAGUCAGACAAUUUUGAAGAUGAGCGCAGGAGCAAAAUAUCAACUAAUAGACGUUCUUACCAAUCAGUGCGGUUUUGCUGGUGAAUUAUUCGUAGAUGGAGCUUAUGCGAACGAAAGUGAUUAUGAUUUGCUGCUGUCGCUGCUCAUUGCUGCUUACUAUCCCAAUAUUUGUUAUUAUAGAGGAAAACGAAAAGUGUUCACUCUUGAGCAGGCCUCAGCGCUCAUAAGUAAAUCUUCCGUUUUGACGCCGUUCCAGGGAGAUAACUUUGAAUUGCCAUCUCCUUUGAUCGUUUUCACGGAAAAGAUUCGUACUCGCGUUAUUUCUUGCAAUCAGUUAUCGGUGAUUUCGGGCGUUCAGUUACUGCUAUUUGGUUGCCGUAAAGUCGAGUGUGUUGGGCAGGACCUCGUACGGCUUGACGAUAUGAUUACCCUCAAAAUGGAUGUAUCAUUAGCUGCGGCUAUAGUGGCUUUACGACCUUGCAUCGAAGCCAUGCUUGUCCGGUCAUGUAUAAAUCCAGAAUCGCUGAUGGCAUCGACUGACGAAGAUCGGGAGUUGUGCUCACUAUUGCGAGAACUAUCUUCUCGCGAGUUCUACGCUGGAGGAGGGCCUUUGAAAGACGAUCUGCUAACGGACGCCGCUCUGGCACGUUUUUUUUNUUUUUUUUCUAGAUUCUGGGAUACAUUUGUUCAAGUGUUAAAACUGCAAUCUCAGGAAAAACUAAUAAUUUUGCUAAAUUCUGUGCUGUUUGAUAAUUUCACUUUGUUUGUGGUCGUGCUGUUUAAUAAGAUGUGGAAAUUAUUUUAG